UUUUCAGUGUUGUUGAUAUUUUGAAGCCGAAAAAAUCGUUCAACGUUUGCAGUUUUCCAAUAUUUCCACGAAAAUCAGGUGAAAUUCAAUACAGUUUCAAGGUUCAACUGUUUUUAACAUAAUCUAAAUUCGUCGCAAUGACGAGACCAGGCGAAAAUGGCCGGGGUGACCACCGGCGGUCCAGAUCGCGCAGCCCGCAGGACCGGAAGAAGCGCCGCUCCAAGAGCCGCGAUCGUGACCGAGACCGGGGCAGUGAGCGUAGUAGCGGCAAAACGUCGUUCCGGAUUUCCGGAGGAGGCAGUAGCAGCUCUUCGUCGUCGGCGUCCCGGAACCGGAAGGCGGAACGGGAACGGGACCGCAGUGACAGGGAGCAGCGCGACUGGGAACGGGACCGGGAGUUGGAGCGUGAGCGAAAUCGGGAGGCCGAACGGAAGCGGGAACGCGAGCGGGAGCGGGAGAAGCUGAGGGAACAGGCGACCAAGUAUGCACAAAGCGUCAGCAGCAGUGGAGCAGGUUCCAGCAGCGGCAGUAGCGGCUUCCGGCAGUCCAAAUUUGACCAGAAGCCGCCGGGCUUCGUGGAGAAGGAAGUUAAGAAGCCUCCGAAAGAGGAGCCCAAGGAGGAAAAGGAAUCGUUCGAUUUGGCCGGUCCGAUGGACAAGGAAGAAGAGCAGCGAAGGCUUGAACAGGAGAUGAUUAAACGGCGAGAACGGAUCGAACGGUGGAGAGCGGAGAGGAAGCGGAAGGAGGUUGAAAUUAAGAAGCCUGGUGGCGGGUCGGGAAUAAACGUUCCGAAGAAGUGGAGCUUGGAGGAUGAUGAGGAGGACGAUGACGAUGAUGGAGAGGGCAAGGGUAGUGCCAAUGACGGGGAGGACGAUGUCGAUCCGUUGGACGCGUUUAUGAAGGAAGUUAAUGAGGAGGUGAGGAAGGUCAACAAGAUUACGGGACCGGCACCAAAGGCGGCGGAAGGCAAGGCUGCGACCUCUUCGGGAGUUACAAUUAUUACCGGAGUAGCCAAGAAGAAUACGGAAACGGUUAAAAAGGGCGAACUGAUUGAGCAAAACCAGGACGGACUCGAGUACUCUUCCGAGGAGGAGCAGGAAGACAUUAAGGACACUGCGGCCAACCUGGCCAACAAGCAGAAGAAAGAACUCGCCAAAAUAGACCAUUCCGGAAUCAACUAUCUUCCGUUCCGUAAGGUUUUCUACGUAGAAGUCCCGGAGAUUGCCAAAAUGACCCAAACCGAAGUCGACGCGUACAAGGCGGAACUCGAAGGCAUCAACGUCAAAGGCAAAGGCUGCCCCAAACCGAUCCGGACCUGGGCCCACUGCGGAGUCACCCGCAAAGAAUUUGACGUCCUCCGAAAGCUAGGCUUCGAGAAACCCACCCCAAUCCAGUGUCAAGCCAUCCCCGCGGUCAUGUCCGGCCGAGACCUCAUCGGAAUCGCCAAAACCGGAAGUGGCAAAACGCUGGCCUUCAUCCUGCCCAUGUUCCGGCACGUGCUAGACCAACCCCCGCUGGAGGAAGCCGAAGGCCCAAUCGCGAUCAUCAUGUCCCCGACGCGCGAACUCUGCAUGCAAAUCGGAAAGGACAUCAAAAAGUUCGCCAAAUCGCUCAAUCUACGCGCCGUAUGCGUCUACGGGGGCACCGGCAUCUCCGAGCAAAUCGCCGAACUUAAACGCGGCGCGGAAAUCAUCGUCUGCACGCCGGGCCGAAUGAUCGACAUGCUAGCGGCGAAUUCCGGUCGCGUUACGAACCUACGCCGAGUAACGUACGUGGUGCUGGACGAAGCCGAUCGCAUGUUCGACAUGGGCUUCGAGCCGCAGGUGAUGCGCAUCAUCGACAACAUCCGGCCGGACCGGCAGACGGUCAUGUUCAGCGCCACGUUCCCGCGCCAGAUGGAGGCGCUGGCACGGCGGAUAUUGAAGAAACCGGUCGAGAUUCAAGUCGGAGGACGGUCGGUGGUUUGCAAGGAGGUCGAACAGCACGUGGUGGUGCUAGAAGAGGACGCCAAGUUCUUCAAGCUGCUCGAGCUGCUCGGACUGUACCAAGAGCUGGGCAGCAUCAUCGUGUUCGUGGACAAGCAGGAGAACGCCGACAUCCUGCUUAAAGAUCUGAUGAAGGCUUCGUAUCCGUGUAUGAGUCUGCACGGUGGUAUCGAUCAGUUCGAUCGGGAUUCUACGAUUAUUGACUUUAAGCAGGGACGGGUUAAGCUGCUGAUAGCGACUUCCGUGGCGGCUCGAGGACUGGACGUGAAGCAGUUGAUUCUGGUGGUUAAUUACGAUUGUCCCAAUCACUACGAGGACUACGUGCACAGAUGCGGUCGCACGGGUCGCGCCGGCAACAAAGGUUUCGCGUGGACCUUCCUCACGCACGAGCAGGGCCGCUAUUCGGGGGACAUUAUCCGUGCGCUCGAGCUCUCCGGCGGUACCAUUCCGGACGAUCUGCGCCAGCUGUGGGAAACGUACAAGACAACGCAGGAGGAGCAGGGCAAGAAGGUCCACACCGGUGGUGGGGUGGCCUGUGUCGGGAGUUUCCCCGAGUAUUCGGAGGCGGGCCUUACGGUGCGCGGUACGUACGUUCCGCCGGGUAAGAACCCGCCCGAGGGCGAACGCAAGCUGUAUCUGGCGAUCGAGAGCUGCUCGGAGCUGGCGGUGACCAAGGCGAAGCGUGAAAUUACGCGCCUCAUCAAGGAGGAGCUGCUGAAGCUGCAGGCGUCUCACCACAUCGUCAACAAGUCGCGGUACAAAGUUAUUUAAAGUAUGGACACUAUUAUAGCGUUGUAUUGAUUUAGUUGUACUAGGAUUGAAGGGAAGAAGAAUAAGCGAUGACUCAAGUGUGUAACUGUGAACAGAAAUCAAGGUUUAAAAUUUGUUCGAUGUGUAAGCAUCGAAAAAGGAUAAAUAAAGUACUUUAACAAAUUACUAGA